AUGACAAACGAACCACGAAACAACGACGAAGAACGUAUUGUCGGUGGCGUACCGGUGGACAUUCGCGAUUACCCGUACCAGGUGUCGCUACGCCGUGGAAGACACUUCUGCGGUGGUUUCAUCGUAAACCACCGCUGGGUACCGACUGCCGCCCACUGCACCAGACCCAUGGGUGGCCCAACGGUUCGCGUCCAACGUAUCGUUCAACAUGCAAAGCAAAACUCGUGGAGCGACUACGAUUUCUCGUUGCUGCUGCUCGAACAAUCGCUCAACCUAACGGACAUGGUGCAACCGAUUGCGGUACGCACCUCGUCCACAGAAGAGCUACCGGUUGGAACGCAAUGCCAGGUGUCCGGUUGGGGUAACGCGCACAAUCCGAACGAAUCAGCCUUGAUCCUGCGAGCAGCCACCGUCCCAUUGACCAACCAUCGGAAGUGUAGCGAAGUGUACGCGGGCAUUGGCCCCGUAACGGACAGCAUGCCGGAUGACCAGCUAACGGGUGUGGUUUCGUGGGGUGAAGGCUGCGCCGAACCGGGCUAUCCGGGCGUUUACGCGAAGGUUUCUAAAGCCUCCGACUGGAUCCAACAGACGCUCGACGAACAUAUGGCGCUCUGA